AUGUGGGUCAUCGCCGCCUCCGACACGGCCAAGGGUCACACGGACGACAUCUUGAGCGUCGUGUACAUCCCGCCGGCGACUCUGGCCACGUCUGGCUUGGACAACAAGAUUCCACUGGAGCACCUGUCUGGGGAAAUCCUUCGCGCCGGCUCGUUUGACGGGCGCGUCGGGUAUGUCGUGUGGCAGCUGCUGGCCAACGUGGGCUUGAUCCUCAUGCGAUCGGGCCAGCCGGCGCUCUUGUACUUGGUCCCGUGGGGCGUGAUGGUGGUGGCCAAGUGGUGA